AUCGUCGUUUCUGAGGAGAACAAUGAGUCAGUUAAUAGCGACUCGCUCGCGCGACGUUCGAUUCGAUGUGUCGAGAACUAAGAGAACGAUCGAUUGCGUGAAGUUUCUGUGCGUUGCUUGAUGGGAAUUUAAUGCAGCGCGGAAUCAUGACUCGAGAGAGGAAGGUACGAGCCUCCUUAUCCAGGAUCGAAACGACCUACGGUGAACGGACGAUUCGAUCGACGAUACUGCUGACGGGGAAAUGCGAUCGAUCGGGCUGAUGAAACGCGCGAAGUAUGGAAUUUUCGGGCCGAUAUCUCGUGAAGAUCGACAACAUCACGGAAUUGAUGAACCUGAGCGAGUCCGAGUACUUGAAGACGAUCUGGGGACCGAAACAUCUGCCGCUGAAGCUCGUGCUACCGAUCACCUUUGUCUACGUCGCGAUCUUCGUCACCGGUGUGUUCGGCAACGUGGUCACCUGUAUCGUCAUCAGGCGAAAUCCCGUCAUGCAAAACGCCACCAAUUAUUAUCUAUUCAAUCUAGCGGUAUCCGACCUACUUCUCUUGAUUCUCGGACUGCCCAACGAAUUAAGCGUGUUUUGGCAGCAGUAUCCAUGGACACUUGGAGUGGGUUUGUGCAAAAUACGAGCGUACGUUUCAGAAAUGUCGUCUUACGUGUCGGUGUUAACGAUAGUAGUGUUCUCGUUGGAGAGGUACUUAGCUAUAUGCCACCCCCUGCAUUUGUACUCGAUGAGCGGACUGAAACGACCUAUACGAUUCAUCUUAGGCGCAUGGCUACUGGCCCUCCUCUUCGCCCUACCCUUCGCCGCUUACACCACCGUCAAUUACCUCGAGUAUCCGCCAAGAUCCGGUCGUCAUUCCGAGGAGUCGGCAAUGUGUGCCAUGUUGCUGCCGAACAUGCCUAAGUUUCCGCUUUAUGAGCUCAGCUGCCUCAUAUUCUUCCUCGUGCCGAUGUUGUCCAUAGCUGUGCUCUACGUGAGGAUGGGCCUCCGAAUACAAAGCAACGGUCUCGGCAGCAGCAUCGAGGGCUCCGUUCAUGGAGAAACGAGGCAGGCUCAAUCACGAAAAGCCAUCAUCCGAAUGCUCAGUGCGGUCGUGGUAACAUUUUUUAUCUGCUGGGCGCCCUUUCACGCUCAGCGCUUAUUGUACGUGUAUCAGGUGUCGGCCUUCGACGACAUUAACGAGUGGCUGUACCCGCUGGGCGGUUGCCUGUACUACUUCAGCACCACCGUCAACCCGAUUCUGUACAACGUGAUGAGCGCCAAGUACAGGAUGGCGUUCAAGAGAACGCUGUACUGCACGCCGACGAGUCCCAUCACCACGAGGGACGACCUCAGUAGUAUGCGAGAUAGCACGGUAUGCGGCUGCGGGUCCCGAAGAGAGUCCCAGAUGGUUCGCAUAAGAAGUGUACACUACCAACGUAGCAUCAGAUGCAACGUGUCGCACGCGAGCGCGAUGCUCCGUUCGCCGAUAAGAUUACGCUACGACGACGAGGAUGACGACGCGGAGAGGACGCAGUGCGACGUCCUCAGUCUCGACACGCAGCCACGAGACGCGGGGAGAUCCUUCUUCGUCGCGCAUUCGAGUAACGGCAGGACCAAGUAUCGACCGAACGAGAGAACGAGAGACGGCGUCACGCCGAUCGUGGCGAACGAGACGUGUAUCUGAUCCCCGACGUAUUCCGGCGGAAAAGGGAAGAAGUGCCGCGGCGUGAGGAUUAUAAGGACCGCUUGUAUCCUCGAAAAGAAGUGCCGUUUCCGCGUGCACGACGAGACCGGUACAGACGCCGCGCAUUAUUCUGCGUUGAGGGACAAUUUCCAGAGGCGCACGUGUCGCGACAUCGUCCCCGAGGAACGUGCCCGCAGUCGAGGCGAGGAGUCGAGUUUUGCGGAAAGUUACGUUUGAAUGUGACGAAACCCGACCGGCGAAAUCUUAAAGUGCUUCGUGACGAACAGUGCAUCGAACCAAGAAAAAUUUAGCAAUAUUAAUAAGCCAUGUUUGUUUACUACGAUAUCGUACGUUGCGAUCUCCAGCGAAGAUUUCGUGAUAUUACUCGUACUCCGCGCGUAAUUCAAUGAAUUAAUUAUAAUACGAGGCGCACUCAUGCGUAAAUUCGCGAAAUAAAGGAAAGAUACGAAUGACAAAAUCAAGUUACAAGACGCGAAAAAUCUAUAAUCUUAUAAAAUACAUAUAUCCUAACGCGUGUAAAUCCAAGUACAGAAAUGUAAGAGCAAUGUGAGAAAAUAUAUCACUCGAUUUUUCGGCAUUUAAGCAACGAUAAUUAAUUGACCCAAAUGCACAUUUAAUCGUAAUAGGGGUUUAUAAAUUAACGCACAGUGCAAUUUUUUAAUUAUAAUUCAACGAAAUAUUAACGAGGUCGUGCACUGUCAGACAUUGCUAAUUCUAAUAAUUUUUCAAUAAUUUUUUUAUUAGUCUCAAGCAAUUCAGUAAUCGCGAGAAAAUAUCGAUACUCUAAUCCACGUAAAGUAUAUUAUUUGUUUGACAUUUUAUUUCUAUGAAAAGGAUAAGAAAAACUUUUGCGAAUAAAACACUGUCGCGAAAAUAAUUUUCUUGAAAAAGUUCUAUUCCUGAUCGUUAUCUCUUUUUACAUUUAAUGAGAUUUCCCGCGAUUGCACAUCGUGCGUCGCAUUUGCAUAAUCUAUUAAAAUUUAUUUUGCAUUAUUUUUCUUCGUCUUAAACAACUGUAUUUUGUCAUUCAUAGAACUUCUUCGCGAGAUAAUGGAAGAUUCUAUCGACGCUUCGCCCGUGCGGUCAUUCGACAAUUGUUAAAUGCGCAAGUGUGGAAAAGCUAUAACGAGAAAAAGGGACGACGGGAGAGAGAAAAAGGAAAACAAAACGACAAACGAGCAAAGUGUCGCCGGGGAGCUAUCCGCUUUCAGAUCAUUCAAAGGAAUCGCGCGGACACCUGAGAAAUAAACGCUCGAUAAUGAGAUGCGGAAAGCGGAGAGCGGCGGAACGUGAAUUCCCCACGUGAAAUCCUCGAUUCCCUCUGUCGGCGAGGGAACGGACAGAUAUUUAUCGGAUCUUCGGCAUAUAUCCUGCCAACAGAUAGGACACGCGUCUCGGCCAGCUUCUGUGGACUCGAUCAACAGCGCGUUUGAUAAGCACCUUUCGUAUGUGCAACGCUCAAAGGAGACCACGCCUCGAAUCGAACGAGGCUUUCACAGGAUGAACAGAUGGAUGACGCGGGAUCUCGCGAUUGAGAUGCAACUUCUAAAAAAAAAAACCUCGUGUCCUUAAAAGAGAGAGCUCGUUUAUCGCGCCCUACGCGGGAGGAAAGGAGAGGAUCCGCGUGUACAUACAAAUGUCCGCAUGCACGUGCAAAUUAGGGAACCUGUAAUCAGAGACUGGCCA